AUGGCUUCGCCCUCGGAAGACACACCCGGGCUGAGGUUGUCAGUAGACAAACCUCAGCCCGUCGAACCCCCCGCCGUCGAUCGUCUCCCUGACGAGAUCAUCCAACAAAACAACUGCAGGAUCUUGCAAGACGCCGAUGCCGACUCCUUCGCCUCUCUCGUCCUCCUCAACACGAACUGGCGCCGUGUCUCUCAGCAAGCCGAGCUUUACGCCUACCACCUUUCUAAAUGUCCUUCCUACGCCGCCAGUCACAGCGGCUCCCCCGAUAUCGAAGCCUCCGACGAUAAUCUCCCGCGCUUACGAACUCUCUUCGCCAGAGAGGUUAAGCGCAACCUAUUCGAGGCUUACCUGCGACCUGCCGAAACGACCAUCAAGCUCAUCUCCAACUCCAUCUCCUCCUCGUCGUGUCCCGGCGGCGAAGGCUUGCAAUUCAGCCCCUCCCCUCGCGGCCACCAUAUACUCGCCUACAACUCGUCUCGCAUCUAUAUUCUCGAUGUGCGGCCCGCCGAGAUCCAUGUCCGGAGAGAGCUUAAGAUUCUUCGCCGCCCCGCCUCUGCCUGUAUCAAGGAUGACGGCUCGCUGCUUGCCGUCCUGUCGAGUGAGAUGCAGGUUGAUAUUUACGACCUCACAGAGUCUCCGCCACGCCGCACCCAGUCUAUCAUCCUCGACAAUGCCCCUCGCACCAUUGCCAUGUCGCCUUGCGGCUCCGUCCUGGCUGCUGCCUACGAGGGCGGCAUCGAGGUGACCUCUCUGGCACCUGGCGCAAUGCCCACCGAGAGACGCGCAGUCAAGUGCGACGCCGUUGAUAGUCUCGCCUUCUCCUUCGAUGGCACGCAGCUGCUGGGAACAACUAUUCACACGGGCUUGCCGAACACCGUCGUACUGACAGCACCCUAUUACGACCCCGGAAGCAUGAUGGACGAUAACAUGAGCGCCCUCUGGACCACGUCCAUCCUGUUUCCAAACACAAGUCGUGACUGCAGUCACGCCGUACUGCUGCAAGAUACGAGCCGCGAGGAGGCCGCCUGGAGUUUCGCCUACGACCGCAGCUUCGAGACGUUCCGCGCUGUGCGCAUCGACGAACCUGCGGAACGGAACCUCCUACUUCACGGGGCCGAUUCCCAGCCCAAGCGAGAGCGAGCAGGCCAAGCUUGUGCCUUGCACGCUGCCCGGCAGCGACAUACCAUGGCGACCUCGUGUCGGCUGGCUUCAAGGGCAAAGACAUCUGGCUGUACGGCAUUCCCCGAGGACCUCGACGCUGUGCCGGACGGCGGCCCCGCCGUCACUGACAGCAGCCUCUCGACGACGAGCGCUUCCGGCAGGCGGAACAGCAACCCACCUUCCCGCACGCCCUCGUCACGAACGGCACAGGACAGUACCACAAGGCCGCAGUGGCAACUGCUGUGCGAUAGGCUUCGCAACACCUUUGUCUGGGGCGCAAAAAUCGCAGAACUUGAAGGUGUAAGCACAGUCAAGUGGGUUGCUGGCUUUGGCGAAUCCUCCUCCAGAGAGCGCCUCGUCGUCGCUGCCCGCGGUCUCCAGCCCGGCAAGUCCAUAACGGAAGAGGAUGACAUUGACUUUGUUGACGGUGGCCGAAUCACGCUGCUCGACUUUGCUUACGGUACCGCCGACGGUGCGAAGAAGGAGAUUACUAUCGAGGUUGGCACUAUUGAGCCAGAAGUGUUAGAGGAGGAGCGCCGCGACAUCGACGCUGAGGUUGCCAUCGUUCGACGCAGGACUGUCGCACAGAGACGAGGAGGGGAUCGCCUUAUGCGUGCUGCUACCACCGCUGGGGCCGAGGGGCCACCCCCGGUGCCUGACAUUCCGCUGCAAGAGGAUAGUGAUGGCAACAAUAACAAGGAUGGUGACGACGACCCUCUCCUUCCGAGGCGCAUAGGUGCGCCGCCACGGCCCGCGCAACAAACUACCGCAACGCCUACAGCACCGGCAGACAAUGAGCACAGGACUAUUAUGGAGGCGCAGGAAGCUGUCGACGCUCCGUACUCACACGACAACCCCCGCUCUACGACAACGUUGCGCCGUGCCGCCACGGCAGCAGCGGUCAACCGGCGACGACAGCCGCAGGAACCAGCCGCUGGUUCGGUCCCCUACAGACGUGCCGAUGGUCGCAGGGAGCACCCUCACGAGAGCGAUGCUGACAAUUGGGUACCGCCACCACCCCCUUACCAAAAAGACGACCCUGUCGACCUUCCUGCCUUCCUGCGACAACCCGCUGUGACGCCGGCGAACCAGCAGCGGCAACGCGAUCUUCAGCCGCCGCGUAUCCAGACGGCGGCGCCGACUGUGGGGUCGGCUUGGCCGCUGCCGAACCCGCAGCAGAUGGUCAAUCAGCCGCCAAUCCACACGCGUGGGUAUCAGGAACCGCCGCAUAGCGCACAUCCAGUGAUGCAUCGCAGGACGAACAGCGACUCCACAACCAUGAGCCGGCCGCGCGCCAGCAGCCAGCCUCGACCCACGACGAGUCCGUCGGUCCACGAUGGCGACGACGAAAAUAUUUACGAUGUCUCGCCACCUGAUUCGCCACGUAUCGCAGCGCGCCGGAGCAGUGGCGCUCAGCAGGACCUCGCUCCGCCGGCGCGCGGCGCAUACGAUGCUCCACGCCGAACGAGCUUGAGCAGACAACAGGAUGCCCACGCUCGCCGGCCGUCGACGGCGAAUUCACCAGCUGCUCCUCUGCGGAACUCGUCGUAUCCCUCGGACAACCAAGGUCCUCCUGUUCUAGACCUCCAAAUACCCGUGGUGAACCUUGCAAAAGGCCUGGGGCCGCAGACGAGCCAUCCAGCUCCUUCUGGCGAACCGUUGCCGAGGCGGCUGUCUAAUGCGCAGACGUGGCCCAGAUCUCCUGAGCCUAGCGCCGUGCAAACGACCCCGGCCGGUCGCGGGCGUCCGACGUCGCAGGACUCAGCAUCAAGGCCAUUCCCAUCGAUCCGGACGACAGCGCACACGCAAAGCCCGGCUGUCGAGGACCAGCCGCUCAUCAUCAGCACGCCUGGCGGCGUGACGGGCGCCUUUGACGCACCCAACCGGCGCACGUCGGGUCGUGGCAGAGGCGAGACGCCGAUCUUGGCGCCGAUACCGCGACACGUGCAGCCGGCGAUAGAGCGGCUCGAUCCCUCUUACGUGCCGCCAGUGAACACUGGCGCGAGCAUCACAGACCCGAGGUCCUCGUCGUCGCGGUUCAUGCCCUCCUGGCUGUCUGCGCCAUCGACGGUAUCGAACGGACGGCAGUCGCACGGGUCGAUCUCGCGCAAGCCGAGCCGCGCCGAGCGCAGCGCCGCGAAGAACAUGCAGGACGCCAAGAGACGCGGCUGGGGCGGGUCGAAGAAGAAGAAGAAGAGGAAGAAGCAGCCCGACUUUGAUGUUGCGAGCUCGGCGGCGUGGACGGACGUGUCGGCUGCCAGUCAAGGGAACAUGCCAGGUCGAGGUGACAAGGCGGACAAGAAGUGUGUCCUCAUGUGA